ACCGCGCAGUAUUUUGACAGGUUGUUUACAAAUGGCUGCUACACAAGGAUAUCCUAAAUGGUUAUUGGAUAGCAAGGAAAAUAUAUCUGGCUCAAAAGAAUGGGGUACAUUUCUGCACGAGCUUCAUGAUGCCAUACAACAGCAGCUCACAGAGAGCCAUGUGCAGUACUUCAGUGACCUGUCAGAGGCAGAGAAGGAACUCUUCAUGCAGAGGGCCACUAAGGCCAUUGAAAAUGGUUCUGCAUACAACAAUCUCUACAAGAAAUGCUCUGUGCUACUCGACCAGAAUCUAAAUGAGGAAGUCUCGCGACAACUUCUUGAGGAGCACCCCAUUGGCACGAAGUCUGACCUAGUUAUCGACUUUGCGGAGGAUGGGGCCCUUAGCCUUCUUACAAAAUGGCCCGAUAUGAAGAGCAAGCUAUGCUUCUGCUUGAACCAACCCCUGCCAUUCAAAGUGCGCCAGCUGGCAUGGAGACUGUAUCUAACAAACACCAAAGUGCGUAAACAGUACAUUGACCUGUUGAACUCUGACCCGAGGAAGGCCAUAUCUCAGUACGAUUAUGAAAUUGACCAGAAAUGUGCUCAGCUUCUCAACUCAGAGAAAACAUUCUCAGAUCUCAGAGGGUCCCAAGGCGUGUUUUUUGCCAUGAAGGCGGUCCUGUCGUACUUUCACGCCACCAUGAGGACCAAGCAGCGGCUCAGAGACGUAGAUCACAUGCUGGUCUUUCCAUUUGUCAUGGUGUCCGCUCCAAAUAUUCCCAGAAAAGAUCCUCCAACCAGUCGCACUGUGGCCCUUCUUGUUGAAGAGUUCCUGACUUUCCAGGAGUCAAGACCAGGAUUUGUCAUUGACUCGGGGUCAGAGACCCAUGAGGAAGAGAUGCGGGGCUUUGUGGACAAGGUGGCACGUCUCCUACAGAAAUACUUCCCAGAGACCCCAAAACUUAUCGCAGAGAAAUAUGUACCCUCCAAAGACAAAAUUGUGGCCACAGAGGCCGGCAGCUUUGCUGUGUUGAAGGAUGGACUGACCAUCUUAAUACGACCCCUAAUAAGGGCCAUGUUUGUAGGUUACUUGCGUAUGGAGACACUGCUGUACGUGUGGGACCAGUACAUGAUAGGGCUGGACACCCCGGGCUUCAAUGUGGAGUGGCUCGCCAUCGUCACGGCAAUUAUUCUAGGGCUCCUCAAGGACAAGUUCAAGGAAUGCACAACGAGUGUACAGCUGGAGAGCAUGUUGAAGAAUGAGGGACCCAAACUGACCAUUGCCCAGUUCCAGUAUGAGGUGAAGAAGCACCACUACCAGGACCUGUGGACCAUGCUACAGAAGGACACCAAGUCUGCCAUGCCUGUACUUGACCCCACACAAGCAAUGCACCCUGCAUGGCGGCACUGGUUCAAUGAUAUGAUCCCUCCAUACACUCAGCCGGCAGACCGGCGCACGGCGCGGGAGGAACGAGAGGCGGAGCGGGAACGGCUCGGUCAAAAACUCCGGGACCAGGCAGCGGCCAACAGGGAGAGGGACCAGCACGCCAGACGGAAGGAUGAGGCAGAGCUUAUGAGACUGACAGCUCUGGAACGCCAGCGUAUGGAGCAAGAGAAGGCCUUACUGGAGGACCAAGUCAUGGAGGAGAGAAGGAAGAGAGAGGAGGCAGAGAGGAGAUUCAAUGAGGAGAUUGAGAAACUUAGACAGGAGAUGGCAUUGAUGCAGCUACGGCAGCCAUCGCGGCCACCCUCAGUGUACAGCAUCAGCUCGUACAUUAGUCGUAUCCUGGUGCCCCCGCCUCCCACAGCUGCCUCCCGCCUGACCAUGGCCCCUCCCCCACCCGUAUCCGCCCAGAGGACCCCUACACCUGCUGCCACGCCAACGGAACUAUUCAACGAGGCAAUGAAGUGUCUCAUACAGAAGGUUGCCAAAACACAGAACGCAAUUGCCCAUGCUGAGGGUGCAGACAAGGCAAACCUAGACAAGAAGACUGAGGGAUUUCUGCAUCAGAAUAUCAGAGAUAUCAAACAAGCUCAGAUCGAGUUGUUUGGCAAGAAGCUAGAGCCAGGGGAGUUUGACCGGAUGGAGCCUGAGGAGCAACAAGACAAGAGUGACAAGAUGAUGCAGCUCAUACAGAGGUGGAGGGAGGAGAGGAGGGCCAAGGAGAUCGGGGGGAAAUAGUGGCUAAAUA